AUGUCCUGUCCAACAAAGGAGGAAGUCGAGGCCGCCGUCGCCGAAAAUGAAGAGACCAAGAAACAGGCCUAUGAGACGCGAAUGGAGAAGUUGAAGUUGCUGGACCAGCAAACUCGUGUACCUCACCUGCUGAUCGAGCUGAGAUCGUUGGGCUUCGUCGAGAUACAAGGGAAGAAUACGGGCGGCAUCUACGACAAGCUCAGCAACUGGUUGAAAAAGAAUUGGCGCGCUACUGACAAGGUAAUGGGCCUGGUCAGGAAAGCCAGCGACGAACAGUCGUGCUUCUGCUGCGGCUACUACGUCACCUAUGGGGUGGACAAACUCCAGGAUCACCAGAAACUCUGCGACCGCGCCUGGCAGCUUGGAGAGCCGAAGGAGAAUGGCGUGCCGUCUGGCAACAACACCUACAAGGCGCGUGGAGAUGAGGGGGAGAACAACAUGGGCAAGCUGACCAUGAAAUUAGCCCAAUUCAUGACCAACGAGUGCGGUUGGACCCUGCAGGUCUGUGAUGCCGGCAAUCUGGGAUAUUCUGGCGAGAUCCGAGAGCAGCAGCUGAAGUUCAAGGCGCCUCACCCACUGAACCUCGUGUCCCCGCUGGUGAUGAUCGAGCUGCGGCAGGUCGGAUACAUCGAGGUCAACGGGAGCAACUCCCAGGAAAUCUUCGACAAGCUGGGCAGCUUUUUUGCCAGCAAGUGGCAAGCGAAGCAGGUGAAGGCAGAUCCUGACUACUGCGACUUGAAGUAUAGGACCGACACCUUCAAGAAGCGUGGUGGUGAGGGAGAGAACAACAUGGGCCAGCGCACGAUGGAGCUAGUGGACUUCAUGGUGAAGGAGUGCCAGUGGACCAUGGUCACCUGCAACGGCGGCAACUUUGGCCGCAAGGGCGACAAGCGCGAGCAGCAGCUGAUCUUCCGCAACGACGAGUUCGUGCAGCAUGGCGCGGACCACAUCAUGGUGGAGCUGCGGACGGUUGGCUACAUCGAGAUAAACGGUCUCCAUGAUGCCGGCGACACGAAGGAGCACCUGAUCAACUUCAUGGUCGAGCAGUGGGGUUGCAAGGAGUACACGAAGUACUUCUGGGAAGGCGGCACAGAGUUCUGCGACUUGAAAUACACGUGCCCCGACAACUUCUACGAGCUUAACCUCCUGACCAACAACCUGGGAAAGAGGACUCUCGAGCUCGCCGGCUUCCUUGCACAGCAUGGCUGGGCUUUGAUGCUCUGCAACGGCGGAAGCGUGACGCCUGAUCCUCACCACUUCCCGAACAACAUCCUUCGAGAGCAGCAGGUGAAGUUCACGAAAUCUCCGGAGAAGGCAGCUGCACCAUUACUUCUUGUCGAGUUCCGGACGCAGCCUGCCAAUGACGAGCCUCCACAAUGGCACAGCAUCAUUGAGAUUGUUGGGCCCGACACGAAUGGAGUGUAUGCCAAGCUGCACGAUUUCAUCACUGAGUUCAUGGGCGGACAGGACAUUGGAGGGAACCUGACACAUUGUGACAAACUUUACCACUUCGAAGGCUUCGAACUUCAUAGUUCAGAGGUUGAAGAGAAUGGACGAUGGGGAGGGUUCAUGAAUGGCGAGAGCAACAUCGGCCAAUGGACCAUGCGACUGUGUGACUACAUGGUCGAUCAUCUUGGCGAGUGGGACUUGAUCGUUUGCAACAGUGACAAUUUGAGCACCUCGUUUCAGCAUGGCAGUGGCGACGGCAAGUACUUUAACAGCGUCACCGCGCGCGAGAUGCAGAUGGUGUUCCGGCACCGGCCCGGAGGGCGUGCGGUGUUCAUGGCUGCCGGCCACGUGGAGCCUUUGGGGAGGCCACCCUUGGAGCCCCCGCCUUACUGGACGGAGGAGGCGUGCGUUGCGGGGACUCUCGGCCAGAAGCUGGUCCCUGGCUCGCCGGAUGAGCUGGCAUGGAUGCAGGAGAUCUUGGACAAGACCUUCAAGAACAAGGUCACCCGUGAUCGCAAGGAUGGCCAGCCCCUGGCGGACCGCUACAAGGCCGUGCAGUGCAUCCGCAGCGAGCACCCGGGCCUGUGGGACCGCUUCGCGGAGCGCCGCCGGGUGGUCUCCGAGAGCUGCAAGACGCCGGGCGCCCUGGAAUCCUUCACCACGCCCAAGACGACGGACGCCUGCCCGGGCUUGGCGCAGCGCUGCACGCACGUGUCCGUGGGGAACCCGGCCAACCAGGCCUAUCUCCUGCACGGCACGAACCCGACCUCCGCCGUGGCCAUCUUGAAUUCCUCCUUCACGGUCAACCUUGCGGGCAAGAGCGCAGGCACGAUGUUUGGGCCCGGCGUCUACCUGGCGGAGAGCUCCACGAAAGCCGAUGAGUACGCUCGUGACGACGUGGGCGGCGAGUACGACGGCCUCUACGCUGUGCUGGUGUGCCGCGCGCUCCUCGGCCGGUCCUAUGUCACCGAGCAGGCCGGCGAUUUCAGCGACAGGGUCUUGAGCGGCGAGUUCGAGCACGUGCUCGGCGACCGGGAGAAGGCAGUCGGCACCUUCCGUGAGUUCAUCUUCUUCCACGAGGCUUCCAUCUACCCCGAGUAUGCCGUCUUCUACCGCCGCGAGAAGGACGGCCAGAUCCUGCCUCCCCCACCACGCAUGGAAGCGCCGGCCAUGGAACGAAUGGAGGGAGUGGAG